AUGCCGCCGCUUCGGCUGUGGCCGGACGACCCACCGGCCGACGUCUACUUUGACUCCGUCUCGGCGAGCAUCAACAAUGUGGGGCCCCGCGACUAUGCGCGUCGAAAGCGCCAGCUAAAGGACCCGCAGUUGACGCCCUUUCUCGUGCCGCAGCCGAUGCGCGCCCGGCUCGGGCUGGGCCCAGACGUGGAGCUUCCACUGGUGCUAGUGUUCCCGGGUGGUGGCUACGUCAGCCUCACAGUCCAGGCCGAGGGCAGGCGAGCCUGCAACUGGCUCAACCUCGCCGGAGUCCACUGCGUUGUUGUCGAGUACCGCACGAUGCGCCGCCACCCAGCGCCGCUGCUUGAUGCACGGCGCGCUGUGCAGCUGGUACGGCUGCACGCGGCCGCGUGGCGCGUCGCGCCAAGGAUCGGCGUGCUUGGCUUUAGCGCUGGCGGGCACGUCGCUGGGCAUGUGAGCCUUGCGUGGGACGCCGCCGAGGGCGGGGAGGUCGACAAGCUGUUGAGCGCCAAGGGCGACCGCGCGGCGGCGUUCUCCGCGCGGCCCGACGCCGCAAUCCUUGCCUACCCGCUGGUCAGUGCGCACAAUGACACAGUCGAUUGCGCGGUCGGACGCCACCCCUUCUGCAAGUGCUCCACCUAUGCCUGCGUCGGCGAGGCUGCGCGCGGCCAGCCGAGACCGCUCCGCCACCAUGGCUCCUUCGCGGUGCUGCUUGGACCCGAUCUAGGCAAGUCGUUGCCGCGCACGGCCGAGGACGACGUCUCCCUCGAUGAUCUCGCGCUGCGCCGGCCGGCCUCGUCGCCGCCCCCGCCCUUCUUCUUGUGGCACACUGAGAGUGACGACAUCGUGCCGUUCCAAAACACCGAGCGGCUGGCGGCUGCGCUCCGCUCGCGCGGGGGCGCGGUCGAGGCGCACAUCUUCCGCGGCGCAGGGCUCAAGCACGGGCUUGGCCUUGCGAUGAAGUUUACGGGGCGCGACAUUGGCAACUGGACCGGGUUGUGCGAGGCGUGGGCUGGCGCCAACUGGCAGCCGCAUGGCCGUGCUUGGUCAAGGGGCUAG